UACUCUGUUGAUUGAGACAUUGAGUGCUACUUCCUUUGUUACACUAAAAAAGCCAUUUCAAGUGCUGCUCAAUGUGUAACAUACGAAAACUUUGAUGACCAAAUAAAUAUUUACACUCGUCAUUUCCCCUAUUUAAGCAAAGUAAGUGAGCUUACCGCCAUCCCAUAUCUCCGUACACUUCCCUCUGCUCUUUCUCUCUAUAUCUCACCCGCUCUGUCUGCAAAUCCGCAUGGAAGCCCUAAUUCCUCAAAUAACAAGAAGGAAAAAACGGAAAAUCCCUUUCUCCCACCCUUCCCUAGCAGCAGUUGUCAGCAGCAGCAGAAACAAUGGCGGCAUCAAUUCUGGAAGCAGUGAAGCAGAUGCCAUCAACAUCGACUCUGCUCACAGCCUACGCUUCCUUCUCCACAACAUCAAUGCUCUUCCGCAACGUCUACCGCGAGAUCGUCCCUGAGCGCCUCGAAUCCUACCUCGUCGACAAGUUCAAUUCCUUCUUCUACUCCCCCAAGCCCUCGCCGGAGCGCGACACCUUCAUAAUCGACGAUGACUGGGACGACCUCGACCGAAACGACCUCCUGUUCGCCGCCAGGGCCUACCUCUCCACCAAAAUCGGGCCCAAGAACAAGCGGAUCCGCGUCGGCAAAUUCCCCCACCAGAAGAAGGUCUCCAUCGCCCUCGCCGAGGGCGAAACCGUGCUCGACGAAUUCGACGGGAUCGAGAUCACCUGGAAGCUGGCCCCCGACGAGGAGGAAGGGGAAGACGACAACAACAACAACAACAACUGCGACGGGAUGAAUUACUUCGAGAUCCACUUCGAGAAGCGGCACAGGGAGAAGGUUCUGGAAGGCUAUUUGGGCCACAUCCUGGAUCUCUACGAGAAACUCUCCCACAAGGAGAAGUCUCUGAAGCUCUACACGAGGCCCAAUACCUCCUGGCGGGCCAUGGACCUGAGGCACCCCACCACUUUCGACACGGUGGCCAUGGAUCUGGAGAUGAAGCAGAGGAUCAUGGACGAUCUCGACCGGUUCGUCGCGAGGAAGGAGUUCUACAAGAGGGUCGGAAAGGCGUGGAAGAGAGGCUAUCUGCUCUACGGCCCGCCUGGCACGGGCAAGUCCAGCUUGGUCGCUGCCAUGGCCAAUUACUUGAACUUCGACAUCUAUGUUCUGGAGCUCUGUGAAAUCUCUGGCGAUUACGAUCUCAGGAUGGCCCUGAUGGGCAUCGAUAACAAGUCGAUUACCGUAGUGGAAGACAUCGAUUGUAAUUCGGAAGUCCGUAGCCGCUCCAAGGACAAGGACGACUCCAGCGACGAUGAUGAUGACGAUCGCCACAGCAACCGUCGCAGUCCAAGGUUCACGUUGUCGACGCUGCUGAACUGCAUCGACGGGCUGUGGUCGAGCCGGGCGGAGGAGAGGAUAGUGGUGUUCACGACGAACCACAAGGAGGUUCUGGAUCCGGCGUUGCUGCGGCCGGGGAGGAUGGACAUGCAGAUCCACCUGUCGUUCUGCAAGCCCCAGGCGUUCAGGACGCUGGCGAGCAAUUACCUUGGCGUGAAGGGGGAGCAUCCCUUGUUCCCGGAGAUCGACGAGCUGCUGGAGGGUCUGGAGGUCACGCCGGCGGCAGUGGCAGAGGAGUUGAUGCGGGAUGAAGAUGGUGACGUUGUUCUGAAGCAGGUGGUUGAGUUUCUGAGGGCCAAGAAGGCGGAGAUAGAGACGAGAAAAGAGGAUAAUAAAAGCGAUGGUGGCGAUGGUGAUGGUAGUGCUAGUAGUGAUGUCUCUAAUUGAUUGAUUUACAGGCCGCCAUAGUAGCUUACAGCUUUGUUUGCCAAUUCAAUCGUUAUUUUGUUUUUAUUUCUUCAGAGGAUCUAGAUGCUAUAGUAAUGUCACGUGUUGGGAAUAAAAACUUUGAGCCAAUAAAAGGGUCUCGUUCUCGUGUGGUAGCUUCAACCUCUGCUUCCAUCGGGUUUUCUCAGGCAGUAGAUCUUGCUUCCAUCUGGUGUUUCCUUUCACUGCCGACCAGAAGAUACAGCUCUGGCAGAUGUAGGGAUGGGCAAUUCGUGUAUUGGGUGGAUUUAGGGCAAAAUUCACCCAUCCAUUCUAAGGCCAAGUCCAAUGCAAAACCCCAAAUUUGGGGGCUUUGAACCCCAAAUUUAGGGAUUAAAUCCCAUUUUCCCUUCUUUUGCUCCAAUGCAACAAACUCCAUAUUUGGGAUUCUUAAUAUUUCCAGCUUUUCCAUUUAUUUAAAAAUGUACUUAUCGAAACUUUAAUAUAAUUUGUUCAUGUUAGUUUUUGUAUAGUUCAUCAUCAUUUUUAAAUACAAAUUUUUCGAGAGAAUUUUGUUAAAUUUCGAGACCGAAUUUUUUUUGGCGAAAAAUUAUAAACCUAAUUUGAGUUUACACACAACACUUGAAAAUGAUAAAGCUUAACGAGUUGACAUAAUAAUUCAAAUGGUACAAUUCAUAGGUUACACACAACACUUGCUAAUCAUAAAGCUUAAAUAUUACACACAACACUUGAAAAUGAUAAAAUUUAAAAAUAAUACACAACACUUGAAAUGAUAAAAAGGAAACACAUAACAUGUCAAUAAUCACCCAGAAGGGAAUAGUAAUUCCCGUAAUCUCCUCCACCUUCAUCUCCUCCUCAAUUUCCAUCUCCACCUCCGGUUUGACUUGCGUUGGAUGAAUAGUCGGGAACAGAGUUGGGAUCAUCUUGAUCAUACCCUAGGAGCAUGUUUUGAUGAUUUUUGUAAAAUGAAUUUUAAAUUAAAUGAUAGACAUAAAUUUUAAGUAAGAUGAUAAACAUAAAUUUUAAAUAAAAUGAAUUCAAUUUAAGUCAUCUUAGAAAAAAGCCUAAAUACACAAAUAUUAAACACAAAUUAAAUACAAUUUAAAAAGCCUAAAUACAAACAUUAUUUUCCCUUCCCCUAAUUAAUUACAUUCAAUUCCCUUAAUCAAUUUUAUUAAAUAACUCAACAACAAUUAAAAAAAAAAGUUGUUGGCCGCACAACCGCCCAGCCCCGACAGUUGUGCCGCGUAGCAGACAACUCAUCCUCCAUAAUUGCCGAAAUCGGCAAACCCUCCCCCAUAUAUAGCGAUCCAAUUGCCGAUCGCCUUCAUAAUUGCCGAUUUUUGGCAUUUAUUUCUCUGCGUUGGAACUCCAAGAUCGGCAUUAAUGCCGACAACCCCAUAAAUGCAGGCUCCAUUGGACUCAGCCUAAUUAGGGCUGGAAGUUUGGUAUCGGUAUUUGGUAUAUACCGAAUAUCGUACCGAAUUUGUCUAUAUUUGGUAUUACCGUAUACACGGAUUAUUUCGUGGGAUUUGGAUUGGGAUUGCGAUUGAGUUUCAAUUGUUAUUCAGUAUUAGGGAUUACGGAAUUGGGAUCGGUAUAUACCAAAAUACCGAUCAAUACCGAAAUAUAAGCUAGUGUGUAUUUUAUCUUCUCAACUAGACUUCACUCAUUCACUACUACACGACCUUCAACCACCAAGAGUGUCAUUUAAUUAUACAUAGAUUGGGAUACCGAGGUACCGAUUGGAAUACCAAAAUAUUUAGGGAUUGAGAUUAAAUUACUCUUUUGAAG